AUGUCAGAUAGGGUUGACUGGUUACAAAGCCAAAAUGGAGUAUGCAAAGUUGAUGUCUAUUCACCUGGAGAUAGCCAACCUCAAGACUGGAGAUUGGAUGCGUCAACUGAUCCUGUAAGAGUGCUCAGCUGGCUCCGCAGAGACCUGGAAAGAAGUACAGCAGGGUUCCAAGAUGCUAGGUUCAAGGCUGGAGAAUCAUCACUUGGUGGGGAAAUGACCAUCUCAGGAGACCCACGCAAGGGUUUCUUUGUGGACUAUUAUAACACCACCAACAAGGGCAGUCCAGGGAGAUUGCAUUUUGAGAUGACUCACAGAGACAACGCUUCCCAGGGUCCCAGUGCCCAAACUGGUAAUACGAGUUCAGUAGAUGAAGUUUCCUUCUAUGCUAACCGCCUCACAAAUCUAGUCAUAGCCAUGGCCCGCAAGGAGAUCAAUGAGACGAUCGAUGGCUCUGAAAACAAGUGCAUCCAUCAGUCUUUGUACAUGGGGGAUGACCCCACACCCAACAAAAGCCUGAGUACAGUGGCAUCAGAGCUGGUGAAUAAGACCGUCGCUGCAUGUUCCAAGAAUGGUACCUCAGAUAGAGUUCCUGGCUCUGGUGACAGAGCCUCAGGAUUGUUACAGAGUUCCCCAAAUUUGAAAUACAAGACCACUUUGAAGAUUAAAGAGAGCUCCAAGGAAAGCAAGGGUCCAGAUGACAAGCCUGCUUCUAAGAAGUCUUUCUUCUAUAAGGAAGUGUUUGAAUCUCGUAAUGAGGGUGAUACUAAAGAGGGUGGAAGGUCUUUACCAGCGGAGAGAAAGAUGUUCAGAGGGCAAGAAAGGCCUGAUGACUUUACAGCUUCUGUUAGUCAAGGGAUCAUGACCUAUGCUAACAGUGUGGUAUCUGACAUGAUGGUCUCUAUCAUGAAGACACUGAGGAUCCAAGUCAAGGACACAACCAUCAUCACUAUCCUGCUAAAGAAGGUACUAAUCAAGCAUGCGAAAAAGGUGGUCUCAGAUCUCAUUGACUCCUUCAUGAAGAACCUCCACAGUGUCACAGGGACCCUCAUGACUGACUCAGACUUUGUAUCAGCUGUGAAAAGAAGUCUCUUCUCUCAGGGUAGCCAGAAGGCCACAGAUAUCAUGGAUGCCAUGCUGGGUAAGCUAUACACUGUGAUAUUUACCAAGAGACCUCCUGAGAAUAUCAGGAAAACCAAGGACAAGGCUGAGAGUUUUUCCCUUGUCUCCAUGAAAGGAAUGGGUGACCCUAAAAACAGAAAUGUAAAUUUUGCAACAAUGAAAUCUGAAGGUAAAUUGAGAGAAAAAAUGUUCUGUCCUGCAUCCAAACCAGAGGACGAGAAGACUUGUGCCAAAACUCUGGGAGAACACCUUAUCAAAGAGGGACUGACCUUGUGGCAUAAAAAUCAGCAAAGAGAAGGAAAAUUUCCAAGUUUACAGCAAGCAACAUUUGCAGCUCCCAACGAACAGUGUCAGCCUACACCAGAGAGUCUCCUGGGAUAUCCUCUGGAUACUUGCAACUUCAUCCCCCCUAUGCAUGACCCAGAGAAACUUGAGAAUUUUAUGUGCGAUUCAGGCUCCUGGGCCAAGGACCUGCUCAUAUCUGCCUUACUUCUGAUUCAAUACCACCUGGCUCAGGGAGGAAGCAUGGAUCCGCAGAGCUUCCUCGAAGCUGCUGGCAGCACCAAUUUUCCCAUCAACAAGUCCCCUGAAGUUUCUGAUGAGCCCAGAAUCCACUUGGGAGGUGACCAAGAAGAAGCAGAAAAGAAGGAUCUAAAGAGCGUUUUCUUCAACUUUAUCCGGAAUUUACUUAGUGAGACCAUUUUCAAGAGUGACCAUAGCUCUGAAGUCAAGGUGCCAGAACAGCCAAUUAGGGAAGGAGAUGGCCGCCAGUGUGAAAGACCUGUAACACCUUCUUCCAUCAAAUUAAGUGAAGACGAUGAGGCUGGUGGUCCCUUUGCUGGCUUGACCAAGAUGGUUGUCAACCAACUAGAUGGUCACAUGAAUGGGCAGAUGAUAGAACAUCUGACGGACUCAGUGAUGAAGUUGUGUCUCAUUAUUGCCAAGUCCUGUGACUCUCCCUUGGCAGAGCUGGGAGACGAUAAGUCUGGGGAUGCCAGCAAGCCAACUUCAGCCCUCCCAGAUAGUUUAUAUGCGUGUUUACCAGCCAAGGGCACAGAGACAGCAGAGGCUCUUGUACAGAAUGCCUAUCAAGCUAUCCAUAAUGAAUUGAGAGGAUCAGGACAGCCCCCUGAAGAAUGUGCAGCACCCAAAGUCAUUGUCAGCAAUCAUAACCUAACUGACACGGUUCAGAACAAGCAACUCCAAGCCGUACUUCAAUGGGUAGCUGCCUCUGAGCUCAAUGUCCCUAUUUUGUACUUUGCUGGUGAUGAUGAAGGAAUCCAGGAGAAGCUACUCCAGCUUUCGGCUGCCGCCGUGGACAAAGGACGCAGCGUAGGUGAGGUUCUGCAGUCAGUCCUGCGCUACGAAAAGGAGCGACAGCUGGAUGAGGCGGUGGGAAAUGUUACACGGCUGCAGCUGCUGGACUGGCUGAUGGUGAACCUGUGA